CUAAACGGCCAGUGAGUCCCAGAACCGCGGAGGACCAACAAGCCGAUCAUCUCCGAGUUGAAGCGCGAUUGGAGCACGCACGAGCUGAAUCGCCGUGCGACUUAUUGUCUGGUGUUUGUUCUUCUUUUUUUUUUAUCUCACUCUCUACUGAAGAACUUUUCGAGAACAUAGAAGUAUACAUACCUUGUGCGCCGGAGCAGAGAUCGGAGAGUGUGUGGUUGUUACUUUUAGUGUAGGAGUCGCGGAUAUUCUUCUGAGGACCCUGAGGCCCACGGUCCCAUGAACUGGCACGAUGAACUUGGCAGCGACGUUAUUCUGUGCAGUGUCGACACUACUGUCGGUCCAGGCGAUAACCGUAUCGGUGGACCGGGCCGACGUCCGACCGGUCAGCGUCCAGCCCUCCGCUGAGCAGCAGUCGCUGUUCGUGAACGGCUGGCGCCCGCUGACCACCGGCUACGAGGGCCUUGGCGUGAACGUCUCGCCGGCGGCGCCGCUGCACCCGGUCCUCGGCAAGCUGCAGGAGCACCUGCAGAAGCCCCAGCGGCAGCAGCAACAGCAGCAGCAGCAGCGGCGCAAGCAGGCCCAGCAGCAGCUCGAGUACGCGCCGCCCAGCAUCCUCGGCAGCCUCGGCCUCUUCGCGGCCCCGGGCAGCGAGCCCAAGAGCCUGUCCACCGAGCGCGAGUACUCGUUCCUGGUGCCGCCGCCGAGGGACAGUAUGCGCUUCGAGCUCGACGCCCACAAGAAAGCCUCGCUGCGCGACGGCUCCUCGCAGUUCGUGCCCCAGGCCAUCAAGCCCGACCCCCGCGCGCCCACCUACUACAUCAAGCCGGCGAGCUACUCCACCGGGCUGCACCCCUUCGGCCAGCAGGCCCGGCCCUUCGGCGCCGCCCCCGGCUACGAGCAGCAGUCCCAGCUGCUGCCCCACCGGCAGCCGGCCAAGCAGUUCGAGCCGCUCAAGCCCGGCAAGCCCGAGCCCCAGCAGCAGCAGCAGCAGCAGUUCGACCGCUACCAGCAGCAGCAGCAGCAGCCGGCGAACGGGCACUACUACAACCAGAUCAGCCACCCGGCGCACUACAAGCAGCCGAGCUUCGAGCGCGAGCCGAGCUUCCUGGUGCACGAGAGCCACGACGUCAGCUACGUCACGCCCGCGGGCUACAAGUUCCGCCCGGCCACCUACCACUUCGACAACCCCGCGACCCAGGAGGCCUACCCCUCGUCGACGGUCCCGCCGCCGCGCGCCUCCCAGCCGUUGGCCCCGGGCAAGCAGUUCAAGCCGGAGCCGGAGAAGCACGCCAACAACGACAACAACAACAACAACAACAACAACCCCGGCGCCUACUACAUCGGCGACUUCCAGAAGACGAGGCUGCACGCGCCCGACAUCAACGAGGUGCUGCCCAGGCCCAGCCAGCCGGCCAAGUUCAGCCAGCCGCAGCAGGUGAGCACGACGCCGGCCUACGCGCCCGAGCACGGCCACAAGCUCGUCUACGUCCGGCCGGACCUGCAGCAGCAGUACCAGAGCUCCAUCAUCCCGCUGAACAUCAACCAGCGGCCGAGCGAGCUCGAGUACGCCACCCCCGAGGAGAUCUCGUUGAAGCACUUCAACCAGCAGCAGUUCGCGCUCCAGCAGCAGCUCAUCCAGCAGGACCGGCAGCGACUGCGCGAGGUCGAGAAGCGCCGCCAGCAGGAGCUCCUGCGCCAGCAGCAGGAGGAGCUGCACAAGCGCCAGCAGGAGAUCAAGCUGCUCGAGCAGAAGCAGCGCGAGAAGCAGCGGCUGGAGCAGCGGCUGGAGCAGCAGCAGCAGCAGCAGCAGCAUCAACAGCACCAGCAGCAACAGCAACAGCACCACUUCGAGCAGCCCCUGGACAUCGUCAAGGAGCUGGCGCACAGCAGCAGGCCCCUGCACCACUUUGGCCAGCAGUACAGCCCCGCGCCGCAGGAGCAGCCGAAGAAGCAGCAGCAGCAGCAGCAGCAGCAGCAGCAGCAGCGGGAGCAGUACAAGGUCGUGCACUACCAGCAACAGCCCUCCUCGCCGGAGCCGCCCUCCUCGGAGCCGGCCAAGCAGCUCGCCGUGCAAAAGUUCGAGGAGGUCGUGACCCCGGCGGUCGAGCAGCACACCACCCAGGAGGAAUUCCAGCCGGUGAUCCGGCCCUACCGCCCCCACCAUCAGAAGCCCUCGUUCCGCGAGCCGCCCAAGAGACGCAAGCCCACCACCCAGGCCUACGAGACCGCGCCCACCGAGGCCCCCACCCCGGCCCCGGAGACCUACCCCUACGAGGAACUGCUGACCGACGCGCCGAUCCAGGCGACCCCCGCCCAGGAGACCACGACCGCGCCGCCCGCCACCGAGAGGCCCACCCUGCGCACCCGGCGACCUGGAGCCCCGCUUAGGAGGCGACGACCCUCCACCACCACCACGCCCGAGCCCAGCCUCUCGCCCGCCCAGGAGUACGACCAAGAGGUCGCCAAGUACCACACCCCCGAGAUCCGCGACUUCGAGAAGAAGAAGCGCGUCAGGCCCGUGGCCAACAGCCACCCGGACGGUAGCGCCGAGAGAAGGCCGCUCAGGAAACGACCCGGCCAGCGAGCGAAGUACCACAGCAAAGAGCACUCGGACUUCGACUCGGUACCCGAGCGCACGAGGACGACCGAGCAGCCCGUCAGGGAGAUCACUGAGAACUACCCGGCGCCGUUCCUCAAGGAGCUCUACUCCUCCGAGAAGCUUGUGACCGGGCCCCAGGAGCCGACCACCGAGAGCAUACCCCUCGAGUUCUACUCCGCCGAGACGACCGUGCCGUCCAACCUGGAGUACUACGAGCCGACGCACGACGACCGGCAGGAGCAGUACGCGCAGACUGCCGAGGAGGUCGUGUCCCCGGAGUACGUGUUCACCAGAACCGAGGUGAACUACCUCGAGACGACGACCGCCCCGCCGACGACCACGACCCCGAGCACGACGACCCCGACGACCACCGAGGCGAUCAUCUCCUCGCCCAAGGCCACGCACCGGAUGCGGCCCGUGCGCUACGGUAACGCGACGCGGCCCCGCUUCAGCAUCAAGGAUUAUAGGACACGCAUGGAGUACAAGAACCGACUGGCCCAGUCCUCCUCUACUGAGGCCUCCACGGCCGUGACGGCCGCCGCCCCCAAGACGCGCGGCUACAAGAACCAGCAGGCCCCGGCCGACCCGAACUUCAAGGAGGCCCCCGCCAGGUACAAGUACACCUCCCGCUCUUCGUACCGCACGACCUCGACGACGCAGCCCACGCAACCCGAGGACGCGACGACCGACCGCAGCAGCAGCACCAGCGGCAGAUUCACCCCGAAGAAGCGCGUCAACGGCAGCCACUACUACCGCAGCCGCGUCACCACCGCCAAGCCAGAGCAGCAGGAGCACUCGGCGGCCCACAGCACGGCGCGGCCGGAGAACGUCUUCUCCUCGGCCAUCCGCAAGCGGCCGACCCUCAAGAGCCGCCUGCAGCAGAGCAAGAUCGCCGCUGCAGCCGCUGCCACCGAGGCGCCCGAGAUGCAGUCCGCCGCGGAGACGGGCUUCUUCGCCACGACGACCCUCGCCUCGUCCUCCGAGGCCGUGAACGAGAUCGAGGAGGCCGCGACCCCCGGGCCGAUCGUCCAGGACGAGAGACCCGCGCCCGCGGCCGAGCCCAGCGCUGACCUCAGCGACGUCACCAUGGACGAGAGCGACGACCCGGCACCCGACCAGGAGGCCGUCGAGGUCCAGAACGGCGAGAGGAACGAGGAGGCGACAACGGCGCAGUCGGAGGCCAACGAGGAGCCGACCGAGAGCGAGAACUACCCGCCCAGCCGUCGUCAGCAACAACCGAGCCCGGCCGAGUCGACGACGCCGUUCGACCUGCGACACGAGGAGGAGCUCUUCGCCAAGGCCUCGCAGAGCGUCGCCGACCUGACGAGCUCGGCCUCGGCGCUCUACGACAAGCCCGGCAUGUUCAAGGCCGUGUCGCCGGCCGGCGAGAACCGCGUCAUAUCCGCGCACCUCAAGAUCGCUACCGACGAGCCCACCCUUCCCAUCGAGGCCUUCUUCCACGAGAUCUCCAAGAAGAACUGAGGCCCGAAAACGGAGCGAGCCUCGAGGCAUAUGCGUGUGAUAUAAUUUUUAUAACCUCUAGCGGGAACAGUGCGUGCGCUGGAAGAAAACGUAAGGGUGCAUCGUAAACAUUUUUUCUGAUCGUAUCUGUCGAAAGAACGUCUACCCGCACCCGAGCUGCGCUACAUUUUUUUUUUCAACGUACAGCAACUGUCGUCAAAGACUUUAUCGACGUCGUUUUCCCACGUUAUUCCUGAUGUAAUUAAACCUUUCUGGUACGUAGUUCGUAAGGCUUUCAAAUUAAACUAUUCGAAACCAAAAAUGAUCUGUAGGGGAACGAUGAUGUUUGAGAUAUGUAACGUAUACGAUGAUGAGUGCCGGUAUUUGUGUAUUUUAGAUCGUCAUAGUUGUACGAUGGCUGGUUCAACUCUAUCUUGCAGUGAACUGUUUACCACGGUUUCUCGAGUCUUUGUUAGAAAGGAAAUUGACAACUAUGCUAGUUCGACGAGAUCCUAAUAUCUUUUAUAAAUUUCAAGUUCUGUAAAAUAAAUUAUUAUUUAUUAUAUUGCAAUUAAAUUAAAUGGUAUGUUAGAAAUAUAAUUUAUGCAUUUUACUAUGUUAUUCGCUACUUUAGUUUGUACGUGCAUACAACCGUAUUGCGCACAUUAUGGUAACGAAGAAUUUCAUACAUAUGAAAAAAAAAAGAAUUAAAAUUUGAACGCUUGUAAAUAUGAUAGAUAUACAUUUAUCCGUUUUAUAAAGUGGUGCAUAAAAUUGAAUUUUCGAAAGUUUUUCAAUAGUCCGCGAUUUUGUAUUUUUUAUACUCCAAGUUUUGUACGAUUUUAAACUCUAUUCUAUUACUAUUAAGUUACAAUAGAAUAUCAUGCGUUUAUAAAUAAACUUCUUUGGUUUCAUAAAAAAUAAUACAACGAAAGGUGAAAAUACCUACUCAGAUAAAAGAAACAUCGUAAUACCAAGAACACCAUCAAGCUGUGUGAGUGUUCUGGUAUGAAACAACUUAUUUUAUGGAGAAUAUUAUUAUAAUCAUGAAGAUGUCACCCAUCAAUUAAUAAUCAAUAAUCAUUAUUAACGACUAUUUAAAAAUAGUUUACCAUUAGACGUUCGUUCGUUGAACACAAAGUGGUGCGGAUCACGAACUCAUGUACCUACUUAUUGUUUCAUUGUAGAAUGUAGCCUUGUAAUGAGAUAAAAUAAAUUAAGAUAAUAUUGUAA